AUGAUUGUCCUUGGCUAUUGGAAUCUAAGAGGUUAUGCUUAACCUAUUCGUUUGCUUCUUGAAUAUUUAUAAGUUGAAUAUAAGGAUAAGCUUUAUCAUGAAAAUGGAGAAGAAUGGUUCAAUACUGAUAAGUAAGAACUCAAGACUAACUUCCCUAAUUUACCUUAUCUAAUUGAUGGGGAUGUUGUUGUGACAGAAUCUAUAGUAAUUCCUAUUUAUUUAGCUAAAAAGUUCAAAAAGUAUGAACUUAUUGGCUAAAAUAAUGAUGGAUCCUUUAACUAAAAUGAAAUUAUUUUCCUUGAAAUUUUAUCAAUCCUGAAAGAUCUCAGAGAUACAUUAAAUAGUUCAGCUAGAGUGCCAUCUUUUAAAUAAGAAAAAGAUAAAAUUUUCAAUGAAAAGUUCAACGUUACUUUUGAGAAAAUUAAGAAAUAACUUGGAGAAAACAAAUUCCUUCUUGGAAAUUUAUCUUAUAUAGAUUUCUAUUUUUACGAAGUUUUGAAAAUUUUCAAAUUCUUUUAUCCUAAUCUCUCAAUCUUUACUGACUAUAUUGAUAGAAUAGAAAAUAUUCCUCAAAUAAAAAACUAUCUUGAAACAAAAGAAAAUAAAAUCUUUCUUCUUGAUAGGAUGAAAAGCUUGUAUUACUACUGA